UUGAUCAUUGAUUGAUGAUUGACCAUUGAUAUUGAUGGUGAAUGGUGAUAGAUUGAUGUUCUUCAUUUCUCAAUCAAAAAAGAAAUAAAUUCUUAGUGAUUUGAUAAAGCAUGGUGAUAAGGAAAUGAUUAAUUUAUAUAAUUAUUUUGGCAUAUGGAAGGCAAGAGAAGAAUUUUUGAAAUCAACAUCUUGACAAGUUGGUAAAAUGACUUGAAAAUGAAGAACGGAUGCAAUGAACUUUUGGAAUCCAAAAUAGCUGAGCGCAAUGAACGGGCUAAGAAGAUUUAUCGGUACGUAAGUGACAUUGCAAGACGCCUCGGCGAUGCCACAACAGGCAGUCAGGCUAUAACAGACCUCUUCACAACCAGCAUUGAGGCACAGCGGCAAAAACUAAGAGACCACUGUGAGAAGUUGUUCUUUUUGGACCCAUUGAACUAUGGUAAAAAGUCUUUAGAAUUGCUUUGGCGUAAAGUUUAUUAUGACACUGUUAGUACUGCAAAAAAGUUGCGAGAGUCCAACAAUGAAUAUGACAACUACAUAUUCACCCAUAUCACCUGUGGCAUUGGACAAUUCCAUCACUUGAUGACUAGAGUACAAUCUGAAAUGAGUAUCAACAUAAAAGAACUGGACUUUUUGCCUCUCUACACAGAUGACGAAAGCGAUGAAGACUCCCAGAUAACACCUUCAAGUGAGGAAUACCAACUUGGUAAAUCUGUGCUGUAUUCGUGUCUGAUAUAUUUAGGAGAUCUAAGCCGGUAUCAAGUAGAAAUAUUUAACACCUUUGAGUCUUCCUUAGCGGCUCGCUAUUAUCUUCAAGCUGCUAAAAUUGAUUUGACCUCAGGAAUGCCAUAUAAUCAGUUAGGCAAUCUUUAUUUGGACAGGAAUUACAAUCUAGAUUCUGUGUGCUAUUACAUCCAUUGCCUCAAUACUAUGACACCUUUUGAGGGAGCAAUGGGUAAUUUAGUAAAAAUAUUUGAGAAAAAUAAUCAGUUUUGUGAUACUCUUAAUAACUCUGAAUCUUUGACUCAUGUGGAGCACAUGCAAGUAACAAUUGCUAAUUUUCUGUCACUUAUUGAAGUUUGGUAUUUUGGGAAAGAAGACACAAACAUACCUAAAAUAUGCAAUUCAAUAGCUCAACAACUUAAAAUAGCAAUGGAUUUUGAUAGGAUUCCUCUACCAGACAUCAAUAAAAACUACACUGAAUAUACUAAAGCUGUUGAUGAAGAAAACAUUAAUCCAUCUUACAUGAAUGCUAGUGUUAUUCACAAUAUUGUGCAAAUCUGCCUUUUCACAAUAGCAAAGUUAAAUGAAAUAGAUGAAGUGAAAGCUUUCGCUUGCAAAGCCUUCACACUAGCAUUUUUAUCACAAGUGCUGCAGAAACUAUUGAAGCAGCUGGAGUCAUUCGGAUUAAAAAGUCCAGCCUAUAAAUACAAGUCGAGAUUCACAUUAAAACAUGACGAAGACAACUUAGAUUCAGAAAACGCAACAAAUGAUAAAGUUCCAACAUUGAAUGAUGUCGAGUUCACAAAUGGUGAUUCACACAGUCAUGCUGAUACACAAAGUCAUGAUGAAAACUCGGGUAAAGAAAAUAUUUCUGACGGAGAGUCAAAUAUUGUAGUAAAUAGUGAGAUGAAAAAUAAUAAGAAACAAACUUUAGCAAAGCGACGACGCAGGCGCCGCGCAGCGUCCUCCGAGAGCACGGAUGACAGUGACGGGGGCACUGAGGACAGCGCCAAUGGAACAGACAAAUCAGAUUCAGAAGAAGAGUUAUCAGAUUCAACUUUUCAAUCUGAGGAUGAAUCUAAGAGUGAGGGUUCCUUGAAUGAUGUGUCUGGUGAUGACGCUUUAGACGAGGAGAAUGAAAGAUUGAAGAAAGAAGAAAUUAAGAGCAAUGGGGACAUUAGUAAAACCGUUAAAUCUGAAACCAAACUUCCUGAGAUAAAUGGCCACAAUGAUGCUAUUGAAGAUAAAGACACACUGGAUGUUCCUGCAAUUGAACAAUUUUUGCUUGGCAACAAUUUUUUACCUAGCGUAAAAUUAUUGCUGGAUUGGAUUCUCACAGAGAAAGAGUUAAUUCUUUCGUGCGGUGAUAGUGGAGAGACGUUAUUUCAAUGUGUGGUUGAUCUGCUCAAUAUUUUCCUUUUCUAUUUCAACUCCAAAAACAGUGAAUUACUUUCAAAAGUGGAGUGCAGAAUAUUGGACCAUGCAAAAAUUAUUUCUAAAAAAUUCAAACUGGAGUACAAGUCUGUACCGUUGCCUGAGGAUAUUAAUUUACGUGGCACUAAUAUCUGUAAAUUUGACAAAGAUGCUUCAGAGUGGCAGGUGAUGGAGAAGCUCAGGCCGACCGUUAUUGAAGAAAAUGUUAUCAGAAUAUUGAACUUUGUCAACUUUGGAUAUCAAAUCGCAAAGAUCAUUCCAAGAAUAAGAUAUAAUAGAACAUUGAAAAUAUUUUAUUUCAAGAAACUCCUUCCUCCAAAGAUCAGUACCAAAAUCAGUCAUAAAAAGAGCAGGGAAUGGCACAGUUCUAAAAAACAGGGCGCGGCGCCCGAGAGCGGGCUGCUGCGGCGGCUGGGGCGGCUGUGGCUGGCGGCGCGCGUGCGCGAGCUGGAGCGCGCGCGCGGCGCCGCGCCCGCGCUGCUGGCGCUGGACUGCGCCGCGCUGCACCUGCACCUGCGCCGCGUCAAGCUGCUGCUCAACACGCGCAACUUCAUAUUCCUCGUGCCCGCCGUCGUCCUACAAGAGCUCGAUGAAUUGAAACGCGAGAAAAGCUCCGCCCGCGACGCCAUCCGUUGGCUCGAGAUACAGCUGAAGAGUGGAUCGCGGUUCCUUAGAACUCAACGCCCCGGCCAGUCGAAACCUUUGCCUCUACUGAAGUACCCUCGGAAAGCGCCCCCGCACGUGCACAACUUUAUCCAAAUCUUGGAAUUCUGCAAUCAUUUCAUGACGGACGACAACCCUCUGGGUGGGAACGGUGACCCGGACAAUGCGAUCCAUGGCAAGUCGGCGCCUCUGCUGAUACUGCUGGUGGGUGCGGAGCCGGGCCAGAGCGAGGAGUACAAGGAGUUCAGCGUGGCGGGCGCGGCGCAGUCGGCCGGCAUCCCCGUCAAGUACAUCGGCGACUUCUACGCCAAGUGGCGGCAGACGGUGCACAAGAGCGGAAAGAAGAGAUGAACGGUGGCUCGCCGCGAACCGGUCUCGACUGCUGAACAGGGAACUGCCGAAACGCCCGCACACGAAUCGUCGCCAGAUCGAAACGAUUCGUGUCUCCACCUUCAACGUGAGCAUAAAAGUAACCAUUUGCAACGAUUGAUAUGAAAAUCGAUCGACUUCCGGUUGUUCUGUUACUUCAUUAGUGAACGUCUUAGGAAAUUUUCUUUUCGAUUUCGACAUUUUAUGAGAGUGUAAUCUACUUUAGUUUUCUUUAUCACUUCGUAAUGGGUAUAGAGUAUAGUUAUUAUUUUGAUUGUCUUAUUUAUACCUUUAACUUCAUGGUAAUAAAUAUUUGUAACGAA